GUCGGGUUACAAUGGUUACAUGCAUGGAGAUUGAGGGUUACAAUGGUUACAUGCAUGGGGAAGUCAGGUUACAAUGGUUACAUGCAUGGGAAAGUCAGGUUACAAUGGUUACAUACAUGGAGAAUGAGGGUUACAAUGGUUACAUACAUGGGGAUUGCUGGUUACAAUGGUUACAUGCAUGGGAAAUCAGGUUACAAUGGUUACAUGCAUGGGAAAUCAGGUUACAAUGGUUACAUGCAUGGGGAAGUCAGGUUACAAUGGUUACAUACAUGGGGAUUGCUGGUUACAAUGGUUACAUGCAUGGGAAAUCAGGUUACAAUGGUUACAUACAUGGGGAAGUCAGGUUACAAUGGUUACAUACAUGGGGAAGUCAGGUUACAAUGGUUACAUGCAUGGGAAAUCAGGUUACAAUGGUUACAUGCAUGGGGAAGUCAGGUUACAAUGGUUACAUGCAUGGGGAAGUCUAGUUACAAUGGUUACAUGCAUGGGAAAGUCAGGUUACAAUGGUUACAUACAUGGAGAAUGAGGGUUACAAUGGUUACAUACAUGGAGAAUGAGGGUUACAAUGGUUACAUACAUGGGGAUUGCUUGUUACAAUGGUUACAUGCAUUGGAAAUCAGGUUACAAUGGUUACAUGCAUGGGAAAUCAGGUUACAAUGGUUACAUGCAUGGGGAAGUCAGGUUACAAUGGUUACAUACAUGGGGAUUGCUGGUUACAAUGGUUACAUGCAUGGGAAAGUCAGGUUACAAUGGUUACAUACAUGGAGAAUGAGGGUUACAAUGGUUACAUACAUGGGGAAUGAGGGUUACAAUGGUUACAUGCAUGGGAAAUCAGGUUACAAUGGUUACAUACAUGGGGAAGGAUGGUUACAAUGGUUACAUGCAUGGGAAAGGAGGGUUACAAUGGUUACAUGCAUGGGGAAUGAGGGUUACAAUGGUAAAAUACAUGGAGAAUGAGGGUUACAAUGGUUACAUACAUGGGAAAUCAGGUUACAAUGGUUACAUACAUGGUGAAGGAGGGUUGCAAUGGUUACAUGUAUGGGGAAGUCAGG